AUGGCGCAACAAGAAAACAAAACGUUGGAGUUGAUGAUGGCAAAAAGAAAGAAUGAUGAUGUGGAGGAAGAGGAUAGUAUCUCGGAUGACCAAUUAAAUCAACAUUAUGAUGAACUUGAAAAACAACAGUAUGGUGGAGAAAUAUCUGACGAUCAACUCAAUGAAUUGUAUGAUCAAUUGGACCAACAACAAUUGGAUGCACUCAAUAUAGACUUGGGUGUGGAACAAUCAGGUGGUGCUCUCUUUAACUUUGAAUUUCAAAAUGCUGGAUUCCCAAAAAAUUGGAAAAAGACAGCGGAUAAACAAAGAUACGAGGCCACCCUCAAGCAGACACGAACUCCAUCCCAAGACGAUAAUAUCGGAAAAGAAAUUACAAAUGCGUUAGCGAGAUCGAUACGGAAACAAAUUCAGCAAAAGAAAUGUUCAUCUCAUGACGUGUUCCAUUUCACAUUACAAUCGAAUCAAUUCGCCCACGCCCAACAAUCAGCCACAUUCAAAGUAGAAGAAAUCAUGAAGAAUUCAGAACGCUUUGAAAAUUACAUGACUACUAUGGCUAAUAAAUUGAAUUCAGGAGAAUCGUUUAAAUCCUCUUCUAAGUUUACCGCCGACCUUACCUUUAUUCGAAUGCCUAAAGGUGGUAAAAGUGGUAGACAAAAAGCUCUAUUGGGAAAGCGAUCCAUGGCAGAAGUUUUGAAAAAGAAACAUUCCGUGAUUCAAAUUACAAAUUCAGACGAAUUGUGUUGUGCAAGAGCCAUUUGUGUCGCAAAAGCAUGGAUCCAUAAAGAUGAGGGGAAUCGACAGAAAAUCGUUUACGAGAAUGCAAAAAAAUGUGACACUGUUCGAUCACGAAUGGCCCAUCAACUCCAUGAAGAUGCGGGCGUACCUUUGGGGGCAUGCGGGCACCAAGAAUUGAAAAAAUUUCAAGACUUCCUAGCACCAGACUAUCAAUUGAAAGUCAUGGCAACUUCUUACCCCUACAUGAUGGUAUUUGUAGGCCCAGAAGCACCGCAUAUUAUCCGCCUCUUGCUCCAGAAACACGAUGACUCUGAGACUGGUCACUAUGACACUUGCACAUCUUACGCUGGUUUUCUAGAACGAUCCUAUUUUUGCGAUCAGUGCAACAAGGGAUUUGAUCAUAAUGACUUCAGACAUCAUCCAUGUGAGGGUCGAAGAUGUCAUGCAUGCAAACAAGUAGAAUGUGGCGCAAAACCUGAUUAUGCCUUGCGUGAAGUACCCUGUUCUUCUUGUUGCCGAAAGUUUUACAGUCAGACGUGUUAUGACAUGCAUAAAGAGAAAAAGAUCUGCGACAGCCUUGUUCAAUGCCCUAUGUGUCGUAAGGAGUUUCAAACCUCAGCGUCAAAAGAACCUCACCAAUGCUACUUUGACAAAUGCUCCGUAUGCCAUGAAUAUGUAAAACUUACAGAACACAAAUGCUUUAUUCAACCUGUGGCAACCAAAGAAGAUCAAAGAAAGAAAAAAACCAAAGCAACCCUGAAACGCCAUAGAAAAAAAAAUCCCUUGGCCUCGGUGUAUGAAGAACCUCCCAUCUUCGUCUAUGCUGAUUUUGAAUCUAUGAUAGCGGAAGAUAACACACACAUCCCCGUAUUGGUCUGCGCCCUCACCUCUGAAGAUGAUACCUUCGAAACCUACUACGGGGAGAAUUGCACGGCCGACUUUCUGAACUUUCUCACCCAGCUCACCGAGGACGAAUAUGGCGACCCACGCGAGGUGAUAUGCAUUUUCCAUAAUUUAAAGGGGUACGAUUCUAUGUUUCUACAGCAUCAGUUGGUAAAGGAAGAAAGAAAGAUCGAGGACAUCAUCGCCAUAGGCACUAAAUGGUUAUCCUUCAAAGUGGGUCAAAUCACAUUCAAAGAUUCGUUCAGCUUCCUCCCGAUGUCACUCUCAGCCUUUACCAGUACCUUUGGUCUCACGGAACUCAAGAAAGGUUUCUUUCCUCACCUGUUCCACACACCUGACCAUCAAGAUUAUGUGGGAGCCCUGCCAGCAGCCUCCUAUUACGACCCAGAAAGUAUGUCCAAUUCGAAAAAAAAAGAAUUUCAAGUCUGGUACGAAGAACAAGUGAAAAAGCAAGACCCAUUUGAUCUCAAGCAAGAACUCAUAGCCUACUGCCAAUCAGAUGUCGCCCUUCUUAAAGCCGGCUGUCUUAAAUUUGUGAAUGAAUUCCAGUCCACGUCUGGGUUUGAUCCGAUGGAAAAAUGUGCCACGAUUGCGUCAGCAUGUAACAGAUAUUGGCGUAAAAAACAUCUUUCCAAGGACACUGUGGCCGUUGAACCUGUAAGAGGAUGGCGUGGGGCACAAGUCAAUCAAUCAGAAGUUGCGUUAGAAUGGUUGAUGUGGCAGGAACAUCAGCUUGAAUCAGACAGCCCACGUAUCCAACAUGUUCGUAAUGGUGGGGAGAAGUUGAUACCCGCAGGGCCCGAGGCAUACCAUGUCGAUGGUUUUGAUAGCCACACAAACACUGUGUAUGAAUUUCAUGGCUGUUUGUUUCACGGGUGCAGACGUUGUCAUAAAGACCGCAAGAAAAUGGCGUUUUCAUCAGGCAGCUACACGAUGGAAGCCUUGUGUCAGCAGACGGAAGACAAAUGUCAGACACUCCGACAGAUGGGGUAUAAAGUGGUUCAAAUCUGGGAAUGUCAAUGGAAGGAGCAGAAAAAGGCCUCAAAGGAAAUUCAAGAUUUUCUCAAGGAAAUCAAUCUUGUACCACAGCUCAAUCCGAGAGAUGCGUUCUUUGGAGGUCGAACUGGGGCGGCGUCGCUUUAUUACAAGGCCAACACAGAUGAAGGCGAGCAAAUCAGAUACGUCGACGUCACCUCAGAAUAUCCCUAUGUAAACAAAUACGGCACCUACCCCAUAGGUCACCCCGAAAUCUUUUUGGAACCAGACGACCAAGAUCCAGCCUCCUACUACGGUAUAUUGACAGUGGACAUUUUACCGCCUUAUAAUUUAUACAAUCCCGUAUUGCCUCUUCGACAUGGAAAAAAACUGACGUUUCCAUUAUGUCGAAAAUGUGUGGAAGAUGAAAGUGCCAAACCGAUGUUGGGAAGAAAUUAUUAUUGUAGUCAUGGUGUGGAGGAUCGCAUGCUCACCGGUACUUGGUGUACACCCGAAAUCAUGAAAGCUGUCGAAAAAGGGUAUCAGGUUCUUCGCAUACACGAAGCAUGGCAUUUCCCACCAGACCAAAGAAAGCAAGGUCUGUUUGCCCCGUACGUAGACACCUGGUUGAAGAUAAAACAAGAAAGUAGUGGUUACCCCAGCUGGGCACAAACGGACGCUCAAAAAGAAGAUUAUGUUAAAAAUUACAAGGCAAGAGAAGGGAUAGACUUAGACCCCCAGCACAUCAAGAAAAAUCCAGGAAGAAAGGCCACUGCCAAACUGAUGCUGAACUCCUUUUGGGGAAAGUUUGGCGAACAAAUGAACAAGAUGAAAACGAAGCAAAUCACAGAACCACACGAGCUGAUUGAUCAUUUAAAUGACACAACGAUUGAAAUAUCAGACGUACGCAUUUUGAGUGCUGAUGUGAUUGAAUUGGCGUAUAAGAAGAUAGAAGAGGAUGCAGUAAAGGGGUCCAAGACCAACAUAUUCAUAGCAGCAUUUACCACCUGUCAGGCCCGUCUUAAGCUUUAUGAAUCUUUGGAGGCGUUGGGCGAUCGAGUCUUGUAUUAUGAUACAGACUCGGUCAUUUACACGUGGAAGCCAGGUCAAACAGAAAUUCCCUUAGGUGAUUACCUUGGCGAUAUGACCAAUGAAUUGGAUGAAGGGGAUUACAUCGUGGAAUUUGUGUCAGGGGGUGCCAAGAACUAUGGGUAUGCGACGAAACAUGGGAAAAUCGUGUGUAAAGUUCGUGGCUUUUCCCUUAACGUGCGUGGUGCCAAACAGCUUAAUUAUCAGGUCAUGCGGCAAAAUAUUUUGGAUGAAAUUUUAGACCCGCAGGACGAAAGAAGACAUUGUGACCCGAGACAUUUUAGGCGUGACAUUGUGAAGUCAAAAAAUAUGGUUUGGUAUUUGACCGAGACAUUUUAA